AGUUGUCCCGCCGGUGCCUCCCCUACAAUGCGUGCGGACUCUCUCUCUCUCUCUCUCUUAACUCACAGCUGUUUUGUAUUAUUCCGAUCAUCAGACCGCAAAACGACGAGAGCGAGAGGUAGAAAAAACCUAAUUUCUGUUUCCCGUCACCUAAAAUCUAGGGUUCUUUCGGUUGCCGUGAGAGGUUAAUCGAUCGCCGCGUAUAUAUAGAGAGAUAUUGGAUGUAUAGGGAGAGGGGAGCGCUUCGCGCAUCGUCGAGGUUGGAGAUGGGCGCUCCCGUUGUUGAUCGGAAGCGGAUCAACGAUGCCCUUGACAAGCACUUGGAGCGAUCCUCUCCCUCCACUUCUGCUAGGCCUUCUUUCAACCCGAAGGAUAAAGAUCAUCGCUUCUCCUUAUUAACCGCAGCCGCCGCCAAGCCACCGUCUGAUCACAGGGACUCUCGCUCCGCGUCUUUGCCUGACAACAAACUCUCUGCUGAGGAAUCUGAAACAGAUAGUGAGGAAUCAGAUGUUAGUGGUUCUGAUGGAGAUGAUACUUCUUGGAUCUCAUGGUUCUGCAAUUUGCGUGGGAAUGAGUUCUUUUGUGAAGUUGAUGAUGACUACAUCCAAGAUGAUUUCAACCUCUGUGGUUUAAGCAAUCAAGUUCCUUAUUAUGAUUAUGCAUUAGAUUUGAUUUUGGAUGUUGAAUCCUCUCAUGGUGAUAUGUUUACAGAGGAACAGAAUGAAUUGGUUGAAUCAGCAGCAGAGAUGCUAUAUGGUCUAAUUCAUGUGCGAUACGUAUUGACAAGCAAAGGAAUGGCUGCUAUGCUAGAGAAGUAUAAGAAUGCUGAGUUUGGGCGAUGCCCUAGAGUUUACUGCUGUAGACAACCCUGCCUUCCGGUUGGUCAAUCAGACAUCCCUCGACAAAGCACAGUAAAAAUUUACUGUCCCAAGUGUGAAGAUAUUUAUAGCCCUCGAUCCAGAUUCCAAAAUAACAUUGAUGGAGCCUAUUUUGGCACCACAUUUUCUAAUCUUUUCCUGAUGACUUAUGGGCACCUCAAGCCACCAAAGGCGUCACAAGGUUAUGUUCCAAGAGUUUUUGGUUUCAAGAUCCACAACGCAUGAAGAUCGAGUUGAAGCUACUGCAAGGGCAAAAUGUUUGGUUCCCUAUCUGCUGAUUUGGUUGAGAAUUCCUUUCAUAGCAUGUACGUGGGUAAAGAUAUUAAUCAAACAACGCAGAUAUGAUUCAGAGGUGUCACAAGCUAUGAGAAAACUAGGCUACUUGGUUUACAUGCCAUGCUAUUUAAUCUUCCCAGUUUAAGUGCCUAUUCUAUACUACAAUUUUAGUUCUUUCUUGGUGGAAUAUGCAGUUUAUUUAACUUGGUUGCAGUUGGCUUCUGCCAGCCGAAUUUAGUUUUACGUUGUAAUCAAUGGCAUUUUACUGCGGCCAUUGAAAUCCAUUUAACGUGUGGACAAGCUUUGUCAGGUGUGCGGACCUAUAUUUCAUGAGUUACCUGUCAAAAUGACACCUUGUGAUUUGAAUUUCA